AUGAAGGCUGUCGUCUUCGACGGGCCAUACAAGAUCUCCAUUCAGGAGAGGCCAAUUCCUCAAAUUCAAAAUCCAGAAGAUGUCAUUGUCAAGGUCAAUAUGACUGCCUUGUGUGGAUCAGAGCUACAUCUCUACCGAGGUGUCGAGCCGACAGAACCGGACUUUAUCAUGGGCCACGAAUUCACAGGCACCGUCGUCUCUCUAGGCUCAGCUGUCAAAUCUGUCAACAUUGGCGACAAAGUCGUCUCUCCUUUCACUGCUUCCUGCGGCAAGUGCUACUUUUGCCAAAACGGUGGCUCAGCAAGAUGCGUCAACAGCCAACCCCUAGGUUCACCCAAACUCGACGGCGCCCAGGCCGAGUACGUCCGCAUCCCCUACGCAGACGGUACCAUCAUCAAAGCCCCCGAAGGCAUCCACGACCAAGCCCUAAUCCUCAUGGCGGAUAUUUUUCCAACAGGCUAUUUUGGCGUGCAGAGUGGCGUGGAGAUGAUGCCUAAGCUUAACUUGCAGGAUGCGACCAUCGUGGUUGUGGGCUGUGGUCCCGUGGGACUCUGCGCUGUCGUGGCUGCUUCUGCGCUCAAGCCAAAGCAUCUUUUUGCUGUAGACAGCGUUCAGUCAAGACUUGAUCAGGCUGCCAAAAUUGGAGCCGAGCCUCUUAACUUUAUGGACGAUAGGGAGGGGAUGAUUGAGCGUGUGAAGGCUGUGACUGAUGGACGAGGCGCUGAUAUCGUGGUGGAAGUUGUUGGUCUUUCGCCGGCGCUUCGCACUGCAUUUGAUCUGGUUCGGUCGUUUGGUGCUAUCAGCAGUAUUGGUGUUCAUAACGCAGAGAUUCCUUGGUCAGGAACCGAUGCUUACAACAAAAACGUUCGACUACAAAUGGGACGGUGUCCUGUGAGAAGUAUCUUCCACGAAGCGAUGGAAGUGUUGAAGCAAAAGCAGGAUUCACUCGGCUUCCUGUUCGAAAACAUCCUUCCUCUUUCUGACGCCGUGCGGGGAUACGAGCUGUUCAAUCAGUCCAAGGUUCAAAAGGUUAUCUUCCAGGCUUAA